GCUUAUCUAGGGGGCGGAAAAAACCAACAGUAUCACAAGGACAGAAAAUAAACAAACCUUAAAUAUUCACAGGCUGCCUAAGACAUCUAUAAAAACAUUGUGUCAUCCAGUGAAGCCCCACCUCAACAAAUUAUGGUCCUCAAUUUCUGUCAAAGCUGAGCUGUUUUUGCAAAGCAUCAACUUGCUUUGUUUAACAUCAUUAAACUAAUAGCAGCAUAAAAACUUCAAGCAAUGUAAAAUGUGGCUAGUGACAUCUUUAAAUUACCUUUCAAGUCUCUUCCCAGAUGAAUUUUAUUGAGUGUCUGUAAGUACUCAAGACUGUUGCAAUUCAGGAAGACUACAGUAGCAAGCAGCUGAGGAACAGGAUGUCCUGGCAAGUGACUUGUCCUCUCAAUGGCUGUCAAGCCUAGCAUGGAAAAAGCACUAGAAAUACUGGCAUUACACAGGGCUAGUCAAGCUUUGUGAAAGUCAAGUCACUGAGCAAUAGCUAUUGUCUGUGUCUUGGUUUCAGCUGGGUCGGAGUUAAUUUUUCUUCUUAGCUAGAAUAGUGCUGUGUUUUGGAUUCAGUAUGGGAUUUGGUAUGAGAAGAAUGCUGAUAAUACGCUGAUGUCUUGAGUUGUUGCUAAGGGAUCAAGGACUUUCCAGCUCCUCAUAUCCUGCCCAUGUGCAGGUGUACAAGAGGCUGGGCGGGAGCACUGCCAGAGCAAUGGACCCAACCUGGCCAAUGAAAUAUUCCGUAUCAUGCAACGUCAUGCUCAGUAUAUAGAAGACAAUUGGCUGGGACAGAAGGGUUUCUCUCUCUCUCUUCUGGGAUUGUGUGUUUGGGAUCUUAGCUUCUCUGGGAUCGCUAGCCAGGAACAGGCUGGAUAUCGUGACAUCAGACACAAAGAAAGCAGACAGUUUCCCCCACACACCCUCAAAGUCCUUCAAUGACACAGACCAGCUGCCACCCGAUGAUUUUGGCAGCAAACUACAAGAAAAAACAACAGGUUAUCAAUGUGCACCCUGUACCAUGGAAUUACUUGGUCCGUAAGUGCAGCAUCCUCCAUGAUACACUCCUGUGAGUGAAGCAAGAUACCUACUUCUUUCUUCCACUAAAUCCUAGCAAACACAGCCUGAAAGGGAAAGACUGCUCAGACAAGGGAAAAAUUUGGGAGAAAAAACCUGAAAGACCAUUUUAAAGUACAAAAGAGGCAAACCAGAAGCUCCACCUCCUCAUUUGUGCACACACCACCUGCUACAGAACAGAAAAUAGGCAGGGUAUUUGCAGUGUUUGCUCCUGGACAUGUUUUUAAUGGAGACUCAAACUACCAGAAAACCUGAUACAUUAUCUCACUCUGGUGGAUCUACCUGUCACUGCAAUUCUUUAAAUCAACAGGAUGUAAGGAGCACUGCUCCCCUUCCAAGAUGCGUGGUACAUGGCAGUCUGUUGGUGGGGCUAUGCUUUCGGAAGUGCUCUCCAGCAGCUGAGAGGUAUUGGGAUGGUGUGAGAGGGCUCAGGGGGAACCACAGCUUACUGGACAAAGCAGCAAUUACACUCGUACUCUUCCACCCUUAUCCAUUUUUAAACAGAUAUCUCUUCUCUGACCUCACCCUGCAACCUCAAGGUGAAUUGUUUUUGAGAGAUUUGCCUUCCUGGACCCUGAUCUACCUGGAUGAAAUCCAGUUCUGCCUCCAAACACUAAGGUGGUUUUUUUUUUUUUUUUUGAUCCACCACCACCUUGCAGGCCACCAAACAGCUGAUACCCGUGCAAACAGGUGCCAGACGAGCAAUCCAGCACCAAAAGUUCUGCACUCGGCUGCCACAAGGCUAGAUGUGGACGACGAGGAGGCCUGUUGCCCGGGACUGGAAAAGGAAGAAGUUGGCAGCAACAGAGAAGCAUUCUACAGACCUGUGAAAACCCUCUGCGAGACGGACUCGGCAGAGGCCCCCAGGGGGACGCCCGCCUGCCUGCUCGCCGCUCCGCAGCCGCCGCGCAGGGCAGUCGCCGAUCCCGCUGCACGGAGAGCGCCCUGCCGGACCUCCCCCGCCGCCGAACGCCCCGCCGGGAUCGCUUCUCUUCUCCGCCCCGCACCGUGUUGUAGAACUCGGCGAUGGCGGGCACGAUGGUAUAGUUGUCCUCGCACCAGUCCACCUCCGAACUUCCCGCCCACAGCUGCUCCCACCACACCAGCACGCCCGUGGCGCCCGCCCGCCCGCCUCUCCAGCCCGGCCGCGGCGGCGCCCCCAGGCGGUCGCCCCGCCCUCCCGCCUCGCCUCGGCCCUGUGUGAGGCGCAGGGCGGCCUCCCCAGGCCCGGCAGGGCUCGGCGCGGCCCGCCCGGCGCCUGUACGGCAGCCGAUGGCGACGGCCGGGUUUCUACACAACCGGGGCUGUCAGCCGGGGGGACCGCUGCAAGCCAGGUGGACUGAAGCUCUUCAUCCCUGCUCCCGCGACGGCUUUGAGCAGCCGGCUCCCGCACACAGGUGACCCACCGAGCUGCCCGCCUCCCUCCCUCUUAAAAAUGCGCCUUAGGAGUAGCUGCUCAGACUGUUUAAUGGGAACGCGCGGCAGCUUACCGCAUUCCCCUGUAGGGAAGGCGACACAGGCGGGGGAGCGCCGCCCCCGCGCUUGAGCGUUGAAGACGUCUUCCUGCAGGCGGUCAGCGGUUGGGCCGGCGGAGGCAGGCAGGCGAGGGCAUUUCACGCCCCGCGAGACGCGAGAGGCUGGCGCAGAGGGUAGUCCCGCUUCGCCGAGUACCGAGAGCUUUCCCCCCACCGGAGACGGGGCUCUACCUACCGGCCCGCCCCGCCCCGCCUGCGGCCCGGGAAGCACGUGCGGGGCGGGUGCCGCUCAGGCUGCGCCGAGGGCCCGCCCGCCCGCGGGGAGCCAGAGCGAGCGCCGCCGGUUUUCUGCUUGUUCGUACGGUCAGCGCCCGGACGGACACACCAGCCCCGUUUCCGUGACUCUACUGUCACUUAAACGAAAGGUCCCUUUCGUACCGCCAGCGAAAUUGGACGGAACCGUUUUCCUGCCAUAGGCCGCACCCGGGCCUGACCCCCGGCUCGUGGAGCGAGGAGGGUACCUGGGGGCGGCUCCCGGCUGCUGCGAGGGCCGGAGUCGACGCACCGGAGAGCUCUGCCCGGGCCGCCGCCC